CGCUUCAUGUUGGAGUGGCUCUUCGCUCCGGAGUAAGAGGACCCCGGAGGGCUAUGCUCGGUGGAUGGCGCGACUAUGAGCUGAUUCCCGCAAUCGGAGCCCCCGAGUAUCAUGCUACGAGGAAUAAUUACAAUUAUUUCGCGAACCGAUAGCAACGUACGGCCGUCUCGUUUUAACGGUGUUUGAACGAGUCGCGUCUCAUUCCGCGAGGAGGUGGUGUCGCGAACGUGCCAGGAUGUCUCUAAGUGCCAGCGCGGAGAAUCUGUCGUCCGAGGGACAAAACAGCGAGAGGUGGAACAUGUGUCUGGAACUGGCGCUGGAGGGCGAACGCCUGUGCAAGGCUGGCGACUGCAAGUCCGGGGUGGCGUUUUUCCAAGCGGCGAUCCAGGCUGGCACGGACGAUCUACGGAUAUUGAGCGCGAUCUACAGCCAACUGGGCAACGCGUACUUCUACCUGGGUGACUAUGUGAAAGCGAUGCAGUAUCACAAGCUGGACCUGACUCUCGCCAGGAAUAUGGGUGACAAACUGGGCGAGGCCAAGUCCAGCGGAAAUCUGGGCAACACGCUGAAAGUUAUGGGCAAGUUUGACGAAGCCAUGAUAUGCUGCAAGAGACAUCUAGAGAUCUCCAGAGAGAUCGGGGAUAAGCUUAGCGAAGGAAGAGCCCUGUAUAAUUUAGGAAACGUGUAUCACGCUAAGGGCAAGCAAGCGGGUAGAAUAGGACAUCAGGAUCCAGGAGAGUUUUCUGAGGAUGUCCGACAGUGCUUGCAACAGGCUGUGCGCUAUUAUGAAGAAAAUUUAGAGCUUAUGAGGGAACUGGAGGAUUCUGCGGCUCAAGGCAGAGCAUGCGGCAACUUGGGCAAUACAUUCUAUUUGUUGGGCGAUUUCCAACAGGCCAUUUAUUACCACAAUGAACGUUUAAAAAUCGCCAGAGAAUUUGGCGACAAGCCGGCCGAGAGGAGAGCCAACAGCAAUUUAGGAAACUCGCAUAUAUUUCUGGGCGAGUUCGAGAAGGCAGCGCAACAUUACAAGAGAACCUUAGUUCUUGCACAAGAGUUGGGAGACCGCGAGGUGGAGGCGCAAGCAUGCUACUCUCUGGGAAACACGUAUACUCUUCUACGCGAUUACACGGCGGCUAUCGAGUAUCAUUUGUGGCACUUGGAUAUAGCCCAGCAGCUGAAGGAUCGCGUGGGCGAAGGGCGUGCCUGCUGGUCGCUGGGCAACGCGUACGCCGCGAUGGGCAAUCAUCAGAAAGCAUUGCACUAUGCGAAUCUGCAUUUACACAUCUCGAAAGAGCUGGAAGAUCAAAUGGGCCAGGCUACCGCGCAGAUGAACGUUGAUGAUUUACAGAAAAUCCUCGGUCUGGAAAAGAAUCAGCAGGAGAGCAACAAGGAGAAUCUAAACACGCAGAAAUUGACUGCAAACGCGACGUCGAAUGUUCCGACAACUAUGCCCUGUAGAUACAGGCUCAGACGACAGAGCAUGGACAAUCUCGAUCUUAUUAAGCUCACACCCGACGCAAAGCAGAAAGAUAAGUCGGAAAUUGUGUUGGACAAAGACGACAAUGUUGCGUCGCAACUUUCUCAAAAGGAGGAAGAGAACUUCUUCGAUCUGCUGUCCCGGUUUCAGUCAGGCAGAAUGGACGAUCAACGUUGCGCGCUCAACACGAAGCGCAAUCCAAAAUACCGAACAAUCACGCCGGAAGUAACAGAUAUGGACGACAAGGACGGCGAGGAUUUGCUGGAAUUAAUCGCCGGCAUGCAAAGCAAACGGAUGGACGAGCAACGAGUAACAUUGCCCUAUCUGCCGGGACUGAAUACCAAUCAGGACUCGGACGAUUCCUUCAUCGAAAUGCUCGUCAGAUGCCAGAGUUCGCGUCUAGAGGACCAACGAAGUCCUCUACCAAGUGCAUCAACAUUGCAGGACGACGAAGAGGAGAGGGGCCGAAGAGCCAAUGGAAAAACUAAAUCAGGUUCCACCGUGCCCGAAGAGGACACAUUAGACCUCUUCGCUCUAAUCCAAAGACUUCAAGCUGGCCGGAUGGAGGAUCAAAGGGCUUCCGGACCCGGCAAGGCGUGUUAAACCCGCGAGACGGUGACUUAAGUCCUCACGAUACCUUUCAUUUGCUAAAUUCUUUUAUCAUACGUAUCCUCGAUUACGUCAACGCCUUCGUUUACUCAUCGCUGCAACUUUGCUUUCUUGAUGGCUUAACAGAGAAUGGUUGGUAUUGUAUUCGAACGGUCUGAUUUGAAGAGGCAAUGACUUGAAUUACUUGGUUGUGAAGAACCAAGCACCGUGCCAGAGUGCGAAAACUUUUUUUUAGAUGUUAUGGAAAAGUCAAUGAUAUUUCCAAGUUUCACCGAGUACUAGCGCUUCGUGUAAAAAUGAAUUAUAGGUCUCUCUUAACUAGGAUUGUCCAGAGUUCUAAACUGACAUCUCGUUCCUACGCGCUCGCUUUCACACUAAUAAUUGAAGGAGAAUACUUGCAACGACUUUGUAUUAGUAAUUUGCGUGUAGAUCAAACUUAGUGACAACGAGAAAGUCACGUAAAAAGUAAUUGUUUGCUGUCCUGUCGCUGAACAUAUGGAACUAACUGAAAGAUUCUGCACAGACUCUACAUUUAACUUACCAUUACUUGAGAUACUUACAAUUAGAAAGUACUUAGAAGAUGUAUGCAGACCUCUGAUAUUAAUAAUUUGGAAAGCUAUUUUCCCUCUUUCCCUGCAAGUGUGGAAAUAGUUGAAGAAACGAACUCGUUUUUGCACUCAGGUCUUCGAUUCCGUUCAGAUAGACUUAAUUAUUCAUUCGUGUAGACUGCCGCGUCUACAACGGUAAGUAAUUGAUACUCCAUAAUCGAUAUUCCGUAGUUUAGCGACUGCUAGAAGCCGGUUUUGUGAAAGCAUUAUGGAACAAUGCAAUACUGAGAACAACUUUUCAGUUGACCGUCUAGUAAUAACGACUGCCGUUAGUUUCUGGCCACUUGAUCAAAUAAAUUACCGUUGUGUAAUACGAGCUAUAUUCGGUAAAUAAAUUAUUUGCCAAUCGUGAAUAAGUCGCGAAUGUUAAACGUAAUGCGUUUGCGGGCCGACGACGGUCGUGAUUUAUGUGACAUGCCAGUAACUAGCAUCGGUUUUAGUAUUAUCAAGAUUUUUACAAUGCCUGCUUUACACGGGUCUAAUAAUUGCGCGUGCAAAACAGGUUUCCCGAACACUGCCAGUUUGAGGGCGUGAAUUAUUUUCGGACAUUUGCGACAAACGCGGAGGGCCGAAAAUAAUUCACAUUCACAAGAGAUUGUAGGUUUAUUAUUUUAUACACAUAUAUAUAUUUUUCAUGCGUACAACUUCGAUUUACUUCCAUCUCGAUAAGGAGAAGCGGGAUUAUUUUUUUAAAGAAUAUAUUACGCGUAGAGACGUUAUACAGUGGAUGAGAAAAGUAUUCGCGCACCGCCGAGUUUCGCUAUUAGUAGACCUCUUGAUUGCUAAAUAAUAGACAUUAUAAUAACACCAACAAAUAAAUUGUGCAUUGUACGGAAAGAGUCAAAAAGUAAAGUGUCCUCAUAAUAUUCUUUUGCGAAGUAUAGAAGACGUUAUACAGCAUUUCUUUCGCUGCUUUGCAAAAAUUUUCAAUCACGAUUGGAGUCGCAUACGCGGCGCUUUUCUAAAACUUUUAGAAAUUCACGCAAGAUUUAGCUAUUGUUAUCGUCAAUGUGUAGUCUAGAUACCAUAAUAGCACAGUGCAUUGGCUAAACAUUGGCCCAGUACAACCAAAUAUUGAACCAAUGUUUAACCAAUGUCAAUUUGGUCAAUGCACUGUGCUACUAAGAUAAUGUCAAUAGUAUUUCGAUUGCAUUCUACGAGCAAAUACACCUUACUUUUUGAUUCUCUUUCACGUAUGAGAUACAUAUAUAUAGUUGCUGGGUCAAAUAUUUUUGAAGGAUUUUAGAUAGAGAGAAAGAUAGUGGUAUUUACAGGUCAUGGUGCAUGAAUAUUAGUUUUUGCUUGCUGUAUGUUCAAUAGAACGGAAACUUGUAGCGAAUGUCAGUGCCAAAGAUUCUCGAUGCGUUAAAAAAAAGAAAAGAAUCCGUUAAAGGGGGUAAGAGAGGAGCAAGCUUCUAUCGACUGAAUCUCUAUCGCGUCGCUAUCACACGAAUUCUCUCCAUAAAGGCUUAUUGUCAUUGUAAACGUACUGACGCGAUCAUCUCUAACAUCGUAUCUAACGUUAUUUCAAAUUGGCGAAAUAUUGAAUAAUAAUUCAUCUUGUUGUAUUUAUUCUCAGCGGUUAGAGAAUUAGCUUCUUCCAGCGUAUUUUCAAUUUCAGAAAUAAUUACGAAACCUUGAAAAACUUCGUAUUUGUUACGGUACCGAACGUCUGUUGCUUAGUUUAACGGGCUUUUAUUUAAGAACUUAAAGUAGAGCUGAUUAGCCGAAUGUGAAGGACGCGUUUAGCGCCUCGUAUGACCUAACGAACAAAUAUAUGUAUGCAAUUGGGUAAUUCCAUGCCGAUUGAAACGUCGACGUAGCGACGAGCCGAAUUGCAACAACGUUGUCAUUUAGGCGAACAAAAAAAGGGAAGAUAAUGUAAGAAAUAUAAGUCGACAACUGAUUCAACAAGAGUGCAAGAGUAGUGAUAUAUUAAUUACCGAAUCGAGAUCGCUGAGUAUCUUUUGCUAUAUGUAUUGUUAUGAAAUUAUAAUUGCAAAAAGGAUUGUACAUACAUGAAUAGAGUUUUGAUUUGAUCAAUCGGAAGAGGGGCGAAAACUAUUACCUAAUACUAAAUGACAAAUCACGCUGAUCGUAGGACUUUCGCAGCUUUUCGUGAAAUCUCUUGUUUUUACCAUUAUUUCCUAGGAUAUAUUCUACAUUAUAAUUACUUUACCUUAAUCUUUUUUCUAUAUAACAACUAUGCGUUAUAUACAUUAGACAUUAAUGAUAUAUGUUCUUCGUACUAAUAUGUACUUUUAGUUUCAUGACCAUCGAGAGAUAUAAGUACAUUCCAUUCUGUCCAUAUGAUAGUAUAAUAUAUAAAGGAUCAAUAAAAAAUGUAUACUUUUUUCAAAA